GGCCUUGUCAGCCAUGUGCCUGUGCUCUCAAGUGCCAAGUUUGUGGGGAUGCAUGCAGGGGAUUCUGGACCUGAUUGUUUCCUCUGAACCAGGAUGUGGUCUGGUUGGCAGGGCAACUGGUCUUCACUUGGUGGCCUUCAGUGGGUGUCCUCAUUGGUUGCCUUCAGAUAGUGCCCUCAGUUGGUACCAUCAGUUGGCGCUCUUCAGGUGGUGGUCCUCAGUUGGUGGUCUUCAGUUGUAGGGCAAUGGUGGAAGGAGGAUGAAACUGUGCUUUCUCCUCCCCCAGUCACAGCUCUCAGGCUUGCUGCCUCCGGGCCCUUCUAAAAUAAACCAGACAGGUUGGCAGGUUUUUCUUAACAGACAAGUCAGCUCAGGGUACAGGGGUGACACAGGGUGCAGGCUGCUAGCACAGUGCCACCCCAUGGCCCAGGGGUGCCUGUGCCAGCCAUGCCUUUGCCAGGAAGAGGCGAUAGGUGUUGAGCUCUGCAGACUUGGGGACAAGCGAACACCCAAGCUGCCUGAGAAGUGCAGGGGUGCCCCAUGGGGACCACACUGAACUGUCGCAUGUGCACCAAAGCCAGCCCCAGUCAGGGCCGGCACAAGGUUUCUGCAGAGCCAGCCUGUGGCUCUGACAUCUACAAGUGUGCAUACAACGAAGGCGCAGGCUGCGAUAUACAGGAGCAGAGGCACCCGGAACAUGCUGCCCCUGCUGCCAGUUGCAAGUGGGGUCUGCUCAGAAUGCGGAGAGUGAAGCUGUCCUGCAGCUUUGAGAUCCACGAGGUGGUGGCCCUAGCGCCAGACUCCACUGCUAUGGAACCUGCCCAGUUGAAUUUGGGAGCCAGUGAGGGACCUGACAGCAGCACCAGGAGACGCCCAAAGGUAGGGAGGUGACAGAUACUGCUGAAGUUUAGGAACUCCUCUAGCCAUUGCUGGCCCAAGAUUCCUGCAGAGGCAUCCAGAGUCUCAGUUUUCUCAUCUGUAAAUGAUGUGAUUGUUAUGAGGCUUCCAUAAGGUAAGUGUGUAAAAACCAUGGCAAAAUGCUUGUAACUUAAAAGAGAGGAUUUCUAUGAGGCUUCUAUAAAGUAAGUGUAUAAAAAUCUGGACACAAUACCUAUGAUUUUUUCAGUGUUCAGUAUAUGGAGAACGAGAUUAUAUUCUCUCAUCUAAUUUUCAGAGCCAGUUUAUAAAAUUGGUGAUACUCAUAUUUCUUAGACGAUGAAACCAAUGAUCAGAAAGAAUAAAUAGAUCACCAAAGUCACACAGCAGUUCACAAUGCGUUCAUUGUGUAAUUUCUAGUUAAAAGUAGCAAUGAUGAUCACAUUGAAAAUUUUGUAUUAUGUGGUAGUUUUCACUUACAUAAUCCUUUUGGUGUUUUGAAACCAUAUAUUCUAAGUUGCUCUAUCAAAGCAAUCAUUAGAAAAAUGUGAUGUAGUUAGUGUGUAAAUUUUAGAAAAUUUCUUCCGUUAGUCUUGUUAAUUUGAUUGCAAAUAUGUGUUAUUUUCAAAAACGUAAAUGGAAUAUAUAUUGAUUGGACUUGUAUGUGUAUAUAUGAAAUAUGACUGGACAUUAUAGAGUAGGCUUAGUUCAUGGCAAUGUUUUUUUCUGAAAGCACCUGAAGAAAUCACUCUUAUUUCCAGUUUGUUAGUGUUUCAGAGAUUAUGGGGGAAAGGGGGUUCUAUGAAUGUCAGACACUGCGUGAGGCACAUUUGGUUUCAGUAAUUUUAGCAUCAUUCAUUGUAAGGUGAUGAUCCCUCGGAACUUCUUCACAAUGAGAAACCUGAAAGGUCCCAGCAGCCAGCAAUGAAUGAAAGGUGGGGUGGGGCCGCUGGCAGGGCGAGGCCUUGUGAGCCAUGUGCCUGUGCUCUCAAGUCCGAAGUUUGUGGGGAUGCAUGCAGGGGAUUCUGGCCCUGAUUGUUUCCCCAGAACCAGGAUGCGUUCUGGUUGGCAGGACAACUGGCCUUCACUUGGUGGCCUUCAGUGGGUGUUCUCAUUGGUUGCCUUCGUUUAGUGCCCUCAGUUGUUUCUCUUCAGUUGGUGGUCCUCAGUUGGUGGUCUUCAGUUGUUGGGCAGUGGUGGGAGGAGGAUGAAUCCAUUUGUGCUCUCUCCUCUCCCAGUCACAGCUCUCAGGCUUGUUGCCUCCAGGCCCUUCUAAAAUAAACAGACAGGUGGCAGGAUUUUUUUAGCAGACAAGUCAGCUCAGGGUACAGGGGUGAAGCGGGUUGCGGGACGCUAGUGCAGUAUCGCCUCAUGGCCCAGGACUGCCCGUGCCAGCCAUGCCUUUGCCAGGAAGAGGCGAUAGGUGUUGAGCUCUGCAGUCGUCGGGGCAAGGGAAGGCCCAAGCUGCCUGAGAAGAGCAGGGGUGCCCCAUGGGGCCCACACUGAACUGUCGCAUGUGCACCAAAGCCAGCCCCAGUCAGGGCUGGCAAAGGCGUUCUGCAGAGCCAGCCUGUGGCUCUGACAUCUACGAGUGUGCAGACAGCGAAGGCGCAAGCUGCGAUAUACAGGACCAGAGGCACCCGGAACACGCUUUCCCCCACUGCGAGCCGCAAUUGGGCUAGCUCAGGGUGCGGUGGGUGAAGCUUUCCUGCAGCUCUGAGAUCCACGAAGUGGAGGUGGUAGUAGCGCAGGACCCCACUGCUUUGGAGGCUGCCCAAUCGAAUUUGGGAGCCAGUGAGUGUCCUGACAGCGGCACAUUGGCCACCAGAAGACCCCGAAAGGUAGGGAGGCGACGGAUACCGUUUAGAUUCAGGAGCUCCUCUGGCUGCUGAUGGCCCACGUUUCCCCCAGAGGCAUCCAAAGCCUCAGUUUUCUCAUCUAUAAAAGAUGUGAUUGUUAUGAGGCUUCCAUAGGGUGUGUAAAAACCAAGGCAAAAAUGUUUGUAAUUUAAAAGAGAGAGUUUCUGUGAGGCUUCUAUAAGGUAAGUGUGUAAAAUCUGGACACAAUACCUAUAAUUUAGGUCACUAUAACCUCUGCCUCCUGGGUUCAAGCGAUUCUCCUGCCUUAGCCUCCCGUGUAGCUGGGAUUAGAGGCAUGCGCCAUCAGGCCUGACCAAUGUUGUUCUUUUUAGGAGAGAUGGGGUUUCACCAUGUUGGUCAGGCUGGUCUCGAACUCCUGACCUCAGGUGAUCUGCUCACCUUAGCUUCCCUAAGUACUGGGAUUAUAGGCGUGAGUCACCAUCCUAGGCCAAAAAUUUCAUUCCUUGAUCAACAAACCUGUUUCCAAGGAGAUGCUUGUGGUCUAAAUAUGCAGAUUCCCAGCAUUUCCAAGAAGAAGGGAAUGACUGCAAGGCAACCUGGGCGGGAGUUUAGGAUUGUUCUGAGGCUGUGAAAGCCAUUGAAAUUCACACAUAAGAGGAUAGAGAAAGGGAAUUCACAUGUUUGAUCCCUCCAUGUACUGGGUAUAACUUGGUCUUCAUUAAGUUUGCACCACCUUUGGCAUCAGAGAGAACUGGAGUUGAAUCCCAGUUCCAACACUCAUUAGGAUGUGAUCAUGAAUGUGUUUUUAACUCCUCAGAACCUCACUUUGCUUAUCUAUAAAAGAGGGGAUUCUUAUGAGGCUUCCGUAAGUUAAAUGAGUAAAAAUUUGGGUGGACAAAAUCCUGUAAUUUAAAAGAUAGGGUUGUUAUGAGGCUUCGAUAAGGUAAGUGUGCAAAAAUCUGGACACAAUGCCUAUAAUUUUGUUAGUGUUCAAUAUAUAGAGAAGGAUUAUUUUUCUAUCAUUUAAUUUUUAGAGCAAGUUUAUAAAAUGGUGUUACUCAUCUUUUUGAGAAAAUCAGACCAAGGAUCACAAAGAUUAAAUGAGUCGCCAUAGUCACAAAGGAGUUUACAAUACAUUUCCUGGGUAAUUGCCAGUUAAAAGUAGCAAUGACGAUCACAUUUCAAAUCUUGAAUUAUGUGGUGCUUUUCUCUUACGUAAGCCUCUUUGUGUGUUGAAGCCAUAGAUUCUAAGUUGCUGUAUCAAAAUGAUCACUAGAAAACUGUGAUAUACUUAGUGUAUACAUUUUAGAAAAUGUCUUCUAUUACUCUUGUUAAUUUGAUUGAAUACAUGUGUUAUUUUCAAAAAUGUAAAUGGAAUAUGUGUGGAUUGAAUAUAUAUGUAUAUAUAUAUGAAAUAUGAUUUGUCAUUAUAGUGUAGGCAUAGCUCAUGGCAAUGUGUUUUUCUGAAAGCAGCUGCAGAAAUUUGUCUUUUUUUAGUUUGCAAAAAUUUCAGAGGUUAUGGGGGAAAGUGGGGUUCUAUGAAUCCCAGAUAGUACAUGAAGCAGAUUUGGUUUCAGUAAUUUUAGCAUAAUUCAUUGUAAGGUGAUGAUCCCUAGGAACUUCAUCACAGUGAGCAACCUGAAAGCUCCCAGCAGCCAGCAAUAAAUGAGGUGGGGCGAGUCCACUGGCAGGGCGGGGCCUUAAGAGCCUGAUGCUUGAGCUCUGAAUUCCAAGUUGGGGGGACACAUGCAAAGGAUUCUGGGCCUGAUUGUUUCCUGUAACCAGGAUACAGUCUGGUUGGCAGGGCAACUGGCUUUCACUUGGUGGCCUUCAGUGGGUGUCCUCAUUCGUUGCCUUUGGUUAGUGCCCUCAGUUGGUACCCUCAGUUGUUUCUCUUCAGUUGGUGGUCCUCAGUUGGUGGUUUUCAGUUGUUGGGCAGUGGUGGAAGGGGGAUGAAUCUGUGCUCUCUCCUCCCCAAGCCACUGCUCUCAGGCUUGUUGCAUCCAGGCCCUUCUAAAAUAAACCAGACAGGUUGGCAGGUUUUUUUUUAGCAGACAAGUCAGCUCAGAGUACGGGGGUGACACGGGGUGCAGGCUGCUAGCACAGUGCCACCCCAUGGCCCAGGGCUGCCCGUGCCAGCCAUGCUUUUGCCAGGAAGAGGCGAUAGGUGUUGAGCCCUGCAGACUUGGGUGCAAGCGAAGACCCAAGCUGCCUGAGAAGAGUAGGGGUGCCCCAUGGGGCCCACACUGAACUGUUGCAUAUGCACCAAAGCCAGCCCCAAUUGGCACAAGGGUUCACAGAGCCAGCCUGUGGCUCUGACGUCUACCAGCAUGCAGACUGCGAAGAUGCAGGCCGCGAUAUACAGGAGCAGAGGUGCCCAGAACAUGCUGUCCCCCAAUGCCAGCCACAAGUGGGGCUAUCUGAGGGUGUGAUGGGUGAAGCUGUCCUGCAGCUCUGAGAUCCACGAGGCAGAGGCAGCAGUAGCGCUGGACUCCACUGCUUUGGAGGCUGCCCAGUUGAAUUUGGGAGCCAGCAAGAGUCCUGACAGCAGCACAUUGGCCACCAGAAGACACCCAAAGGGAGAGGAGCGGAAGACCUUCUGGUGUGGGCUGGGCAGCAAUUCACUUGCAGGAGAAACAGCCCGGGUGUGGAGAGGCGGCCAACCUUGGCGGGAUCCUUUCUAAGGAGCCGAGAAAUCAACGUAGAGCUUCCUCUGUCUGAUUCUUUAACAACUGCAGACCUUCCCUGAGUCAAGCUUUGUGUCAAAAGGACAAAUUAAAAGGACCUAUAAAAGGCAUCACCAAGCCCAAUGGACAGAUGCCCCAGGCUGCAGAUUCUGUCAGUGCUGUUCUGGAAAAGGCGCAAACACAUGCUGAAACAUCGAAGGAUAAGAAGCCAGCCUUCGGGAACCAGCAGGAGCACCCUGGGCCCCGCAUGGCCCCAAGUCCAGCCUGCCCCGCCUCCUCUGGUGCAGAGGUCCAGGGACACCAGCAGCAGCCCCGCCACGCCCCCCAAGGCCAAGAACACAGGCGGCAGGGGCUUCCCCUCCCUGCCAGACUACUUCCUGCCGCCACAGCCACCACCCUUGGACGACCCAGAGCUCCCGCCGCCCCUGGACUUCGUGCUCCCUACCCCCGCGGUCGCCAAGAGGCCUCCUAUGCCCCACCCCCGCAAGAGACACGAAGCAUCAAUGUUCAGAAGCAGCAAAUAAAUAAAAUAAAUGAAUAAAAGUUAAA